ACUCGCAUCGGUCACAUGUGAAUUGAAUCAAUUCAUGAGAAUUUUAAAUUUUAAUUUCAUUGAUCCAACAACAUUUAAAAUAUGCGAUCUAUUCUUAUAUUACGAAACGUUUCAUCAGCGGCUUUCAAUCGUAGCGGCUGGAAAAAUAUUGAUAAAUUUUCAUCUUCAACAUUAUUUGUGAGUGAUCGAAAUCGAUAUCAAUGUCGACCAUCAAAUGUUCGAACAUUUACAUCAUCCGGCUUAUUAAAUGUUUCAUUGUUACGUUCAAAUAAUGAACUUCGUAUUAUAAGAAAUCCACUUAUUUUUCAAUCUCGAUUCAAUUCGUCAAUAGCUAAAACUAGUGAUGGGGAUAAUGUAACAACAGAAAACGUAAUCGAUCUUACAACUAUUGAUAUACAAAAAUCACCGUUAUUGGAAAAUGAAACAAUAUCGAAUGCUGUGAUUGAAACAUCGGUUGCAUCAUUAAAUCUAGGAUCGAAUUAUACUCCAGUCGGUUGGUGUGUUCAUUAUCUAGAUUUUUUACAUUCGGUAUUCCCAUGGUGGGGAGCGAUUGCUGUCGGAACAGUAAUCCUAAGGCUUUGUAUGUUUCCAUUGGUUGUACAAGCUCAACGAUCAGCUGCUAAACUGAAUGAACUUUUACCUGAACAAGCAAUACUAAAGGAAAAAAUGAAUCAAGCUCGAAUUAGUGGUGAUUCUAUUGAAUUUGCACGUUUAUCACAAGAAUCAAUGUCAAUGUAUAAACGAAAAGGUGUGAAUCCAUUCAAAGCAAUGUUAGCUCCAUUCGCCCAAGCACCGGUAUUUAUAACGUUUUUCAUAACAUUACGACGUAUGGCCUAUCAUCCUGUAGAAUCAUUAAAAACUGGUGGUUUAUUUUGGUUCACUGAUUUAUCAAUUAGUGAUCCAUUAUAUGCAUUACCAUUGAUAACCUGUGCAACAUUAUGGUUGACAUUGGAAACAUCUUUCCGUAGUGGCUUAAAUCCUAAUCAAACACCGUUCAUAAAAUAUGGUGCCAGAAUAAUACCUUUAAUAACAUUGGCAUUUACAUUCAAUUUUCCAUCCGCUAUUCUAAUGUAUUGGUGUACGAAUAAUUUUAUAUCAUUAUUACAAGUACAUUUACUUCGAUUACCGAAAGUUAGAAAUUUUCUCAAUAUACCGCAGAUUAAAGUCAAACCACAACAAUUGGAUAUAAAUAAAAAAUCAUUCACUCAACAUUUUCGUGAAACAAUGGAUAAUGCAAAAAUUAAUCGAAGAAUGGAAGAAAGAAAUUCAUUGGAUGAAAUUUCAUUUAAAAAAGCCGGUGUUGGACCAUUACAGAAAACAUAUAAACAUGAUCCAACAUCUAGAAAUUGAUUUUUUUGUUAUUCUUUACACAC